UUGCCGUCUUGGCAUACGAUCAUGCCCACCAAAUCCAGCUUCGCUCAGAAACUUCUCCACGAUAUCCGCAAGAAGAAGGAGCGCUUGGUCACUGCAAACAACGCCAACCAUUCCAAUUCUUUCUUGGCUCUCGAAGAAAGCCCGAAGCAUGAUGAUCACAUUAGGUUUUCACCUGCAUCAGACAAUACAGAGCCUCACCAUACUAAUCUCUCCCCCGGAAAAGACAACAGGUUUAGAGACUCUGGUACAGGAAGACACGGUAAACUGUUACUGACGACGGACAGAAUUUCUUCCAAGGAGAUGGUUGUGUAUCAUCAGAAAGACAUACCGGCCGCCUCCACUGCUACCGGACCAUGGCUGCCCGACGCCACCAUAGUGGCAAUUCAAAUUCUGACCAGAAGAAGAAACAGAGAUUCUGAUUUUAGUAAGAAAGAGCUGUUAGAAAUCAAUCCCACUGAUGAGAGCAGUCACGGCUUUGAUCUGAAUGCUGAUCCAAGUUGCAGUGGACGAGUUCUAAGCUCAUCCUUUGUGGAGGCAAAUGAAACAUUCAGAGGGAGUGAAAACUUAAACUGGGUACUUGCACCUACCGGCUCUUCGGUUGUGCUGUGUUCAGAGGAGGGCCAUUCAGUAGGCUCUGAUAGCAGGUUGCUCGAUGGGACCAGAGAUCUGGAAGAAUCGCUACAAACACUGGUUCAUCUCCUAGAAACAUCGGAGCAGAUAGUAACCCCGAGGAGGACAGAGUCUGACAGGCAGCAAAUUCGACAGCCAGGGUCCAUUGAAGCACUAGUAUCUCGUCUGCUGCAGAAGGAUGGUGGUCUUCCUCUUGAUAGGUUGCUGAAACACUCCCGUGGUGAUUCCAGAAUGCUAGGAGCAGGCAAUUUUGGUGGCCGUGAAGUGCUAAGCUUACCCCCUCCAGAGAAGAAGCAGCUUCCGCUUAGUCCUCUGCACAGCAACAAUGAUUAUGCGUUCUCACCUAAGCGGGCAACUAUUCAUCAACUUCCAGUACCAGAGAGAAGUUCAAAUAGCUCAUCUGCAGCUUCAAAUGGGUACAGCAAUUAUCCUACAAAGGAGGACGGCCAUAAAAUCAAGCCUGUUGGUUCUAGAGGUUCCCAGCAAGAAAAAGCUAGGAUCCCCAAUGUGAUUGCCAAGCUUAUGGGCCUAGAGGAGCUCCCGCCAAAUCAUGGCUCGGUUGCAGCCAAGAUCCAGAAGACACCGGACGCUAAAGGACCAAUUAGCGAAACAAAGAGCAGCCUCUACCAGCGGGACGAAAACAUAACAAAGCUAAAUUCAAUUCUUCUGAAUUCACAUCAUGCCCUUCUUAAAAUCGAUUUGCAGACAAGAAUGCAGCAAAUGGAUGGCAGUGUAACGGUUGCAAGAAAAGCACAGGAGAGAGCUCCAACCGCAAGAACAACGGAUCAGAUGGAAGACAAGUAUGCAAAGGAGAGUCCAGUACAGAAGAAAUCAAGCCAGACUUUCAAGACUAACAAGCAGAAGAAUGCCCAGAAUAUUUACCACGCUAGAGGAUCCAAGACUACCGUGCAAAUGUCCGCAAGAGAAAUCCAAAAAGGCAAGGUAGGUAACAGCAUAACAUUAACGACUGAACCCAUGCAGCCGUACGUGCAGAAGCCCAUUCCUAGACUUGGUAUAGAAGGGUACUUGGUGCAGAAAGACCUCAAAUCGGAUACUCAGAAGGCUGAGCUUGAAGCAGUUGCAGUUGAUGUGGACCUAAGGUCUAAAACAAAAGGUUCACAAGGAAAAAUUCCAACAGUCGGGGGCCCGAAGAAUGAGGUCGCCCAUUUGAGCCCGUAUGAGAAGUCUUUCCCGCAGAAUGUUGCAGAAGCCAAUGAUGCAGUGCAUAAUGCAGAAGGGAAAAACCAUGGUACUCGAAACCAAAGGAAAGAACAAAGUGCAAAAGAUGGUGCAAGUAGACCAAAUACAUAUAGACCAAAACAUUUGAGAGAAAUGAGGAGAACAACCCAUUACUCACAUACUGCAGAAAUUGUCGACCCUGAGAUGCGAGACCAGAAGAAUCUGCACGGGGCAAAAUUUGAUGGUAGGCAUGGAAACAAAAGCCGCAGUGGAGUACCCGGUAAACAUCAGGUAACUGCAAUCAACAAGCUCAACAAGAGGCACAAGGCGGUGAGGAGGCUAGAAAACCAAGGAAUCGUGCACGCAGCUGAGACAAAAGCAGCUUCAAAAUCUGCAAGUCCCUUUCCAUGUUCUGUUUUUGGAGAAGAGACUGCAGUUCUACCACCUAAGACGGCAACAGUAGAAGAGCUUCAUCUGAACGAAGCCCCGAGCUCUAAGAGGACACCUGAAUCACCAAGUUUCCAAAAGACCAAGUUCUGCCAAGAAAUGCCCGCGGUGCACACAAAGACCUCUCUUGCACAAGAACUGAAACAGAGGAGGAAAGAGCGCAUGAUCGAGAUGGCAAAUAUUCAUAGAAGCAUGGAAGAUGCCACCCUGGAGAAACAUUCACGGAACUUCGAAGUACCAUCCUCCUCGUCCGGCGUCAUUGCACUAGAAGACGAAAUAAGCCAUGAUGAGCUCCAGCCCGAAAGCAAAAUUAAAUUCAAUAGCGAUAUGAAAGGGGAGAGGGAAACUGCUGAUUCGAGUUUUCCCGGUUUGCCAACGAAAGGCAACAUGCCGGAAACAGUUCAACAAGAAGGAACAACUAUCAGAGACACACCAACAUGGGAGAUCGCUCAUCUGCCACAUAAUCCAGAGCAUCAGCAAGGAACAAACUUCCAGCCCGAGAAGACAUCGGCUCUUACAUUUCAGGAAAACCAACUUAAGCAGAUUCUUCUCAGCAGUCCAGCACUCCUUGAUGCUGCAAAAGCGUUGUUUGAAAUCCAUGUGCCCACUGGUAUUCUCGGAGCAAGUUAUCUGAAAGGCACUAAAAAUCACGGAGACCAGUUAGUAGACUGUCUACAUGAAAUAUUGAGAAGGAAAGGCAGAAGGGAAGAGCUCGGCCUACACCACUCAAACAAGUUUUCAAAAUACCCAAAGAUCCUAAGCUUGGAUGACCUAGUAAAGGGGCUGAACGAGGAUCUUAACAGUCUCAAUGACCAUGGCGAUAAUGGCUGCCUUGAACCAGCAGAUUACCUAAAUAAAUUGAUAGAAAGCGAUAUUCAAAGCUCUCGUCCCCAUACAAGCUGUUUGUGGGAUGUGGACUGGUUUGAAGGUUUAUUUGCAGAGGAGACGGAUAGAAUUGCAAGGGAAGUCGAGAAGCACAUCCUCAAUGAACUUCUCAAGGAGACCGCUGAACAGUUAUAUUCACGAACUCUACGGUUUUAACCUUCUAUGAAGCAACACAGAUUCGAACAACGACUACUUGUAUUGUAAUCUGAAACAAAUAAAAUCCUCUCACGUUGUUUUACUGUUGGAAAUUGUCCGGAUUUUGCAGUCCCCGCGAAAGAGGGCGGAUGUGCAGAGAUAGAUAUAUACCACGGAUGGGCUUGUUAUCA